CUCACUCCCGAGGGUUUGAAAAAUCUUCGAUCGCGCUCGCGGACCGGCGCUGUCUCGAAACGUGCAGUGUGCAGAAAUCUUGCGUGCUUCCACGAGCUCGUCGAGUCCAGCGUCGGACUCGAUUCUGAAGAAGGCACGCGAAGGAGCGGCGCAGCCCCAUUUUCAUGAACAGAAAUCAGUAAGAUGGUGAGCGGGCCAGUGGUGAACGUUUAUCCUCUGUCGAGCUACACGUUCGGCAGCAAGGAGGCGAAAAUGGAGAAGGAUACGUCUGUAGCCGACCGGCUUGCGCGCAUGAAGCAAAAUUACAUGAAGGAGGGAAUGCGCACCAGUGUGGAAGGGAUCCUCCUUGUACAGGAACACAAUCAUCCUCAUGUGCUUCUUCUUCAAAUAGGAAAUACUUUUUUCAAGCUACCUGGAGGACGCCUCAAAACUGGUGAAAAUGAAAUCGAGGGACUCAAGCGGAAGCUGACAAGCAAGCUAGCACCCACAGCCUCGUCUAUACAACCAGACUGGCAGAUAGGUGAAUGUGCUGGUGUAUGGUGGCGGCCAAAUUUUGAAACAUUAUUGUACCCAUAUUGUCCACCUCACAUAACGAAACCGAAGGAAUGUAAGAAGCUGUUUGUUGUACCACUAGCAGAAAGGCAGUAUUUUGCCGUUCCUAAAAACCUGAAGUUGCUAGCUGUCCCAUUGUUCGAGCUUUACGACAACGUGCAGAGAUAUGGACCAGUGAUAUCUGCAAUACCUCAACAACUCUCAAGGUUCAACUUCAACGCGAUCAACAACUAAGACCUUCAUAUUGCCUUGUGAUAGCAGUAGAGUGCUACUGGAUGUGAUCGACAAACUUGACUUUCUCUGGAUUCUUCUGUCAACUUUGGCGCGAGGUUCUCACGAUUGAGAAUACAAGUAUUUGUUUCAAUGUACGGAUGAUAGUCGUUGCACAUAGGUUCGAAAUACAAACUUCCAAGCCGACUUAUAUCAAUGUUUGGUGGUUACUUCCGAUUACCAUAUAUUUCUCCUGGUAUUGGAGAAAUAUUUCUGUAUCCACUUUUUUUCUAUCAAUGUACACGUGGAAGUUUGCUC